AUGGGGACUCCUCAAUUAGAGCUGUUCCCGCUGCUCUGCCAGGAUGGUGCUGAGGUGGGAACUGCAGCGGCAGAGCCGAACAAUGACGACUGCCUCUCGGAGUCAGAAAAGAUGGCAAUGGACUUAAAAGAUCCGAAUCGUCCAAGAUUCACCUUGCAGGAGCUCCGGGAUGUCCUUCAUGAGAGGAAUGAGUUGAAAUCUAAAGUGUUUUUACUUCAAGAAGAGCUUUUAUAUUACAAAAGUGAGGAAACAGAAGAAGAAACUAGAUCCCCUCAGCCUACACCCAUAAUUCAGCCAAAACCCUCAACUCAGCCUGAAUCCGGAAUCAAACGACUGAUCUUUACAGCCAUAAUGCCCAUGGUAGCAGCUGGAUUGAUUCCAGACGAUCCCACAUUGCAGCCAAUAAGAAGACUUGUGUCCCUUGUUUAGUUUCUUCUCUCGUGAUAAGAAGCGUAUGCAGGCAUCACAGAAAAGUGUCCACUUCCAGGGUACUUUUGGAGAAUGGUCACAUUCGAAUCGAGAUGACUCCUACACCGAACAAGGACAAGAAGCCCUGCAGCACCUGUGACUAUGACCCUGAGGUGUUGGGGUUACCGCAGUAGAUCCCGACAGCCUAGAAACGAGAAGCUUCUGUAGACGAAUGCGGCAGCUCAUCACCUGUAUUUGCCUUGCCCUCCUCGGUGGUUGUGUUUCAGAUGCACUCUUCAGAAGGGGUCCCUCGCUGUUUGCUUGGUGACUGUUUGCUGAAAACAGAAUCCAAGCUUUGUAGUAACAGUCGCUGAUACCUUGGGACAUCGGAGCUUCUAGGUGACUUGUUUUGUGCUGAAUAACAAGUCUAUGGUCUUGUUCAUGCAUUAACAACAGUAACACAAGCUUCUUUAA